UUUAUACUCUUGCAUAAUGAUAAUGGGGUUUCAUUUAGCGACAGCGGGGAAAGACCAAUUCAUGACUGAUCCAAGAAACCUCUUAAUGAGCUAAUUUUCGAAAAACAUUUGCUGCAUUCAUCAUUACUUUUGACUGAACCAAAUGAGCAAUUUACCUCUUGAAAUUGUAGAGCAAAUUAUAGAAAACGCAAGUAACAGAACUAAGAUACAGUGUAUUUCAACGUGCCGAUUAUGCUUUUAGAAAAAUAUGAUGACGGAAAAAAAGACGGCAGCAUCACGGUAGACGUUGAACGUCUCGUUCCUUCUAUAGGUCACUUUGUUCGAGAACUUCGACUAAAAAAACGUGUUGGCAUCACCAAGGAGCAAUUCCACUUGAUCGGCUACCACUGUCCAAACCUCGAAAUAUUCGGUUUCAACAAUUGGCGCCACUAUGUUCCAUCUGCCCUGCUACCAUUCAAGCGAAUUAAAGAAAUUCCUAGACUCUUUUAUCCACGGAAGAGUCGGUUUGCCAUACUUGAAACUCGAAACACGCUAACUCAUAUAGAUAUGCAGCAGCGUAUGGCACGCAGUUUACUAAGGCAAAACUCGUUAUUGCCGUUCCUCUUCUUAGCGGGUAACACUUUAACUCAUUUGACCAUAGAAGGCAGCUACAACUACACGGAUGAUGUUUGUGAGCUUGACUUUAACCCGCACAGAUUAGAGCUUCUACAUCGUUUUUGCAAACACCUGAAGUACAUAAAGUUUACUAUGAUCAAUUUUUCUGCUACCUCUACAGACGUACAGGCCAUGAUUUCAGUUAUAAGAGGAGAAACAACGGAUGAAGACAAAUUUGCACCCGUUACGCACAUGAAAAGUCUAUAUUUGAGCUCUUUGCACCUGAAGGAUCCAAUCUGGCUCCCUUAUCUUGCUCUUAAAUACCCUCAUCUAGUGACUAUGCAUAUAUACUUCAGCCUUAAUGCUUUUGAAUCUUAUAUAAACGGACAUUCCUAUGUCUUGGAGCCUGGCAAGUGUUUAGAUGCAUUUUCCCAUAUGGCAUGCGAGCUUGGUCCUUCUCUGAAAUCCUUAACUCUUACAGAUGUUCAAGCUUCACAUUUUGAUGGCGAAGAUUUUUUCUACCACCUUAGCGAAACUGGUAUACAAUUAGAUUCUUUACAGCUGCGCUAUCAGUCAGACUUUUUUAACACUCCACAGAAAUUACGGGCACGCCAUGCUUUAACGGCCGAUAUCUUAUGGGCAGUGGUGGAUGGACAAGCCAACAGUAUACAGAGCUUGGAUGUGGACAUUUGGGUGAAUGCAUCACGGCACUUCGAGGAUUUUAUACAGCCUAUCUCAAUGUGCACGCACUUAAAGGAGCUUCGCCUAGCCAGUGAUGAGUAUGGUCGAUAUAAUUUUACUCCAUAUCCUAUUGACGUAAUAUUGGAUGCAUGCCAAGGUCUCACAACAUUGCGCUUAGCCCGCACAGCCAUAGUUGUCAACGACAAACAUUCAGCCAAAUGCAGGCAUCCUUUGCGAAAAUUUGAUGUGGCCAUAUCGUGUAUUUCUCAAGACUUAUUUGACUACAUUUCGAAACGUUGUCCGCGGCUCAACGAACUGGUACUUGAUACAGACACAUGGAUGCCUAAAGAAUUGGAAAUGAACAUCAACAUGCCCAAUCAUACGUUUGAUUACGUCUAUAUUAAUGAGCUAAAUCACUUGCAUACUCCUCUUUUAGAGGGCAAUUUAGGAAGAGGAACCCGCGUCAACCUUUGUGCCAUAACGCAAAUAGAUAGGAUACAGAAGAAGUUAAACCGCUACAGAGAACGGAUAGAAAGUAGAAAUACCGUUGAUGUUGAUAGUGUUCCUUACAUUCCGGAGAAUAUAGAAGAAUUUACGGACUAUUACCAUCUUUACGAAGCUACUGAAAGACGAUACCGUUAUCCGCCUGCUAAUAUUCGAAAACUCCGCAAAAACGAAGUCAAUACCCUCAAAAACUUACUGCAGUUUUAUCAAAACAACCCGAUACAAAUAGAAGGGCCCCGCGUGAAUGAUGAAGAAAGACUUGAUCGCUAUGUUAAAAGGAAAGAGUGGUUGGAUGACGUUCAGUUUGGGCUUUUGCAUUUGACUUGUAAAUCAAUUAAAAAAUUCAGACAUCAUUGGAACGUACUAUACUGGCCAGAAGUAGAAGAGUAGUCCUAUACUCACGUUCCACCUCUAUCACAUCCAACUGUGGGCUCGGAGAUCGACCCAUUGUAUCUUGAUCCGCAAUUAAAGGUGGGCUGCUUGUUUAACCAAUCAAAACCAUCCAAAUGUACAUAAUCAUUUUCAAGCGUGUAAAAAAUGUAAAUAGUCCAUCUUUCGUCUCCCU